AUGCUUUUGGUAAGGGCGUUCGUCAAAAAUCUUGUUCAUAACACCCCCACCUGAGUCCCGCCACGAAAACAACUUGUGGCAAAAUAUCCGGAAAAUUUCAGAAAUUUCUUGAAAAAAUUGUUACUAAAAUUCUUGUUUGUUCCUGUUAGGUUGUUAUUGUCAUCAUUAUGUCGAAUCAAGUAAGUUGAAAUCGUUUUUUCUUUGGACAUCUUACUUUAGGUUGAAUUGAAAGCCGAUUUGAGCGAGUUGGAAGCCCUGCGGGCCCAAAGUCUUCGUCCGAAUGUUCAGAAGUUCUUGGAGAAAGAGAUUUUGCUGGCCAACGAGCGACUGAACAAAAGUGUAAGGCAUUUUUGAAAAUUGGACAUUGAUUUACCUACUGUAAUAAAACAUUUAUCUGCAGGUCCAAGCUGAAGCCAGGCGAGCUGCAUCGACUGCUGCGGCCUCAUCAACCGGUUCUGCUCCUAGGCCGUUGAAGAAAAUCACAACUUUCGGUAUGUUUUUGGGGUGACAGCCAUUUUCGUUUUUUAGAGUGUCUAAGCUAAUAUAAGCUGUAUUUCCAAAAAUUUUAGCUUACGAUGAAAGUGACAAGUUCGUGAAGCUCUAUUACACCCUGAACGGCAUUCAGAACCAUCCAGCCGACCGAAUUGAGAGCAAAAUCGACGAAGAGUAAGUGUUUUCCAUUUUGUUUCUGUCUUUAGAUGGUCAUGGCUAAUAUUGCCGAUUUCAGCUCAUUCCUGGUACGAAUCAGCGAUUUCAACGGUUUUGAUUACGAGUUCUCUGCGCGAGGGCUCAGUUACGCCAUUGAUGCAAGCAAAAGUAUCGUGAAAGUAAGAAGAAAACAUCAAAACCAUUCGACCACCUACACUGAUCAUGGAUAAUAAAAAUUUCCUCUUUUCAGCCAAAAACCGACCUGGUUCUGGUGAUGUUGAAGAAGCAGGAGGAGGGAAAGACCUGGGGCAAGCUGUUAAAGUUGGAAAAGGCGGCAAAGAUUGAUCUGCCGGACAUGGAGGAGAACCCGGAUCCGCAAGCCAGUCUGAUGAACAUGAUGAAGAAAAUGUACGACGAAGGCGACGAUGAGAUGAAACGGACCAUCAAGAAGGCCAUGUACGAAAGUCAGCAGAAGAAGGAGGCCGGAUUCGGGCUGGAGUAG